AUGAUCUGUAUCUUUUCUAAAAUCAUCAUUCUUCUUCUCAUAUAUUUGAUUAUUGAUCGACCAAUUUCAGAUGCAUUUCGUAAUAAUGCUGAUCAAUGUUGUGAACAAGGUCGCAUUCAAGCUGAGCGUACUAAAACAUGUAGUGUAGCAUUACAAUCAUUAAUAACAGAAAAUAUUAAAAAUCUUUCAACAAAUUGUCGUUUUUUAACACAUAUUUGUUGUUUAUCAAAUUUACGUAGUUAUUUUUGUGAAGAAGGUUUAAAAACAGCACUUCGUUUAUUACCAUGUAAUCAAAUAAAACUUGAAUCAAAAGAUUCUUAUCAGAUAUGUUGUAAAUGUUGCGAAUUAGGUGUUCGAGCUGGUCGAGAUAAAGCAGAUUGUGAACCGGUGACUGUACUUGAUGAACGAUGUGGUGAACAAUUUACUAAUUGUUGUCAAAAGGCAAAAUCUUUAAAUUGUGAUAUUGGUUUUGAAAUGGAUAAUGAUGAACGAUGUCGAGAUAUUAAUGAAUGUCUCUCAAAUCCAUGUCCAAAAACAAUGACAUGUGAGAAUACACCAGGUAGUUUCCGAUGUGUUGAAGGAUGUGAAUUUGGUUAUGCAUGGUCAAUUAAACAUAGAACAUGUCGAGAUAUUGAUGAAUGUGCUCUUUAUAAACAUAAUUGCACAUUUGGACAUCGUUGUGAGAAUAUGCCUGGUUCAUUUAGAUGUAUUCGUGAAAGAAAUUGUGGAACUGGUUAUCAAGUUGAUCCUGUCACACAGACAUGCGUAGAUGUUGAUGAAUGUGAACAAGAUAUAGAUGAGUGUAGACCUGGAUAUAUUUGUAAAAAUGUUCCGGGAACAUACAAAUGUGUACCACAAAAUUGUACAUUUGGUGAAAAAUUUAAUGCUUUUUAUGGUCGUUGUGAAAAAGUUCAAUGUCGAUCAGGUUUUAAUGUAACAGCAAUGGGAAAAUGUGUUGAUAUAAAUGAAUGUGCUCAAAAUCCAAGUCCCUGUAGACUUGGUGAACGUUGUGAUAAUACACCUGGCUCUUAUCGUUGUGUACAAACAUUUGCUUGUGCAAAUGGUCUUCAAAUGGAAGAUCUUCAAUGUCUAGAUAUUGAUGAAUGUGCUAUUGGUAAUCAUACAUGUCCUCCACCGGCAACAUGUAAAAAUACAUAUGGAUCAUUUUAUGUAAGUUUUUAUUAA